CUUAUGAUAUGGUCUACUUAUUGGUAUGUAUUAGCUCGUGUUCGGAAGCAAAGGGGCUGUGUUCUGGUUUUCGUGGUUUGUUACUGCAGAAGCAUUCUCUUCUUCAUCACUGUAAGAGUGCACGCUCGUCUCUCAUUAUAUCAUAGCAAUCAAUCUGCAUCAAUCGAAAAUUGGAGAAAGUUGACUUGCUUUCAUGUCAAUUUUCACCCAUGCAAAUCCUCGGGAACAGGUGGAUGAAGCGAUCAGAACCAAACCAACGACAACUCCAAAACAACCAAGCACCCUCUACUUCCUAUCCCUAGCCUCUAACUCCUCGAUCCUCUCCUCCAACUCCGCAACUUUCUCCUCCAUCUCAUAUCUCGCCUCCCUCCUUACAUCCUCAACCCUCCUCUCCCACUCUCCCCUUACCUGCUCCCCGACCUCCCUCCUAACCCUCUCCCUCAAUCUCUCCUCCCUCUCUGGCUCCAACCCCAACUCCUUCUCAAUCUCCUUCCUCACCUCUUUCCUCAGCCCCUCUAUCAACUUCUUCUUCUGACUCGCUAACAGCUUACGCCCCUCUUCCUGCACGUCCAGCACCAUGCCUCGUCGGAUCUCCGCCUUCAUCUUGGAGGUCAUAGAGGCCCGGAAGGAGGACUCGAUUUCGGUGGUUAUUUGGGCUUGGAUCUCGGAGCGGAUUUUUCGG